GCAUUUGACCCAUCACCCUUGAUCAAAGUGAUGAGUUCAGGUAGCUUCAGAACCUUUUGAAAUUCAUUCCAGGACCAUGGAGUAGCAUAUCUGAAGGCUUUUUUUUAUUUAUUUUUUUUACCAAGGUUUGAGUUGGCUAUAGGAGCAAACGUCAUGUUUGACCGUCGGCCCACACGACGACAGCACUAAUAUAUAUUUAGGCAUCAACUUCAUUGUUAAAGUGUAAAGGGGGGGAAAAUAAUGGCAAUUUGUCCUUACUCUUUCUUUAAGUGCUCUUGUCAUGUUUGAUGUCACUCUCACUGGUUGUCACCGCAUGUUGUGACACCAACAACAUGUGUUCCUCCUCAGUCUGACCCCAGGCGUGAUGUUGGGGACGGUCCAGCCCCGUCUUAUCCUGGCCCUGCUCUUGUCUCUUCACGCUACGGACUGUGACGCAACAUCGCAAGGGCUCUCCUGUGUGAACGACUUCAUCAACAACGUCACUUGUACGUGGCACAGGUCUUCGGCGGAUGCUAGCCGGGACUGUUGGAUCACAGGCCACAAGAAAAAAUGGAUGAAUGCGGGCAGUGUACAAAUUGUUAUCAGCCAAAGCUGCAAAGUGCAAGACUCGGCGCCAGGAUGCAGCUUUGUCUUCGAAAAUAACACGUUCACCUAUUUUGAAAAGAUGCCCAUCAUCAAUACGACGUGCAACAGGACGCUGAUCCUCAAAGACUAUCUAGUCGAAAGUCACAUUCAAAUGCACCCCCCGGGCCUCCCUAAUGUCACCUGCACUGACAAUGAAACCGUGAUCCGGUGGGGUCCCAGCAGCCCCCUUUCCAAGUUACUGGAAAAUUUGGAGUACGAAGUCAACAUCCAACACAGUGACCCAAAGAUGGAGGAGGCCCACACAUUCCACUCCAGCAAACCCCCAGCAAGGAUCCCUGCUUGGAAGCUAAAAGGCAAGUACCAGGUUCGGGUGCGAGUCAAGCCAGAAGACAUGGAAGGGAGUAUCUGGAGUGAGUGGAGUCCAACCACAGUAUGGGCGACACUAUCCGAGAAUACAGGUUGGGGUCUGGAUGCAACUUUUUUAAUCCUCGCUGUUUUCAUCAUCAUGGCUGUCAUUGCUAUGAUGCUGGCCUUGUACAAAAGUAUUGUCAACAAGAGGCUCUUCAAAGCAAAGCCAGUUCCUAAUCCUUCCAAAUACUUUCAAUCGCUUCACUCUGUCCACAGUGGAAAUCUGAAGAAAUGGCUGAAUCCUCAUUACGCUGCUGAAAUCUUGGACACUACCCAGCCUGUCGACCACAUCUCCCCUGUGGAGGUGUGUGAGAGCAGGGGUAUGGGUCCUAACAGCGCCACCUGUGCCCCACCACCUCCGAGCCCGUCAGACCCAAACAGGCUGGUGGAGAACUCCCCUGCUUCGUCUGGUUUCUCUAACUUGGACUACUUUGUGUCAGGCUCCUCCGGCAGUUCCCUUCCGACCGAUCCCUACUUCGCCUACAAGGACGACGCCCACAUUCCGCACAAGGCGCAACACCUCCACCUGACCAAUACAUCUCUGAGCUGGGAGAGCAUAAGGAGCACCGCACAAAGCCCGGAUUCCGGAUUUUGCGUUGGAAAGGAAGACGUGGAGAUCAAAGAUGAACCGGAUGCGAGUGGAGAGGAGGACCAGGUCUCAGGUCAUCUCAGCUCUUCCCAACUGAGCCUCCCUCUCAAUAUUCCCGUCCAGAUAAGCGGCCCCUCCUCUCCUCCUCCCCUAUCUCAGAUAUCAGCCAAUAGCACUCCGACGCAACCACUUAUGCUAGCUGCUAAUGUAAGCGCCGCAGGCUGGCCUGUACAAUGUACGAUGCACAGGUCUUCAUCCAUGCCGGUGGAGUCGAGCAAAGCCGGCUAUUUCCUCCUCCAAGAGAUACAAACUACUUUUAGCAACGUGUCUAUCUGACCUCUGUGCAAACACAUUUUUCCAUGUUGCUGCUGAAACUAAAGGAAAAAAAAAAAAAAAGAAAUCAUGGGUUGCCUAUUUGUGGCAUAAGAAAGGGGCAGCAAAUGGCAAUGAGAAGUUUAUGUUUCUUUGCUACCACGAUGCAAAAAAGUCUAUACCAGGGGUGCCAAACGUAUGGCCCGAGGGCCGGAUCAGGCACGCGAACAGGUUUUAUCCGGCCUGCGGGAUGAGUUUGCUAAGUAUAAAAAUUAACCUGAAAUUUUUGAAUGCAAGAAACAGCUGUUCUAAAUGUGUCCACUGGAUGUCACAAUAGCAAUUCUUUGUAUCUCUGUAGAUGAUGCUACAUAUGUACAAAAUAAACCACAUGACGUUAGUACAUCAGUCGAGGAAAAUGAUCAAACUACAUAAAUAACAUCCUGUAAUUUGAUUUUGAUAUAAUUUUUUUAUCUUGAUAGACUGAAAAUUAACACCAAUGAGUUGACUGAUGAAGAUUACCACAUAAUUUAUUCAGAAAAUAUAAAUAACGACAAAUAAAUAUAGAAUACUAUUAACCGCAACAUGUAAGUGUAAAAAAAACAACAACAUUAUGAUUUGUACAAUUUCAGAAUGUGCUUGUUCUAUUUUUAAACAAAGAAAACAAUCUGAAGUUGUCUUUAUUUUUAUGUUAUCGUGCCGUGAUUUUACCAGUCCGGAUCUACUCCCCAGUUGGGAGUAGAUUUUUCUCCAUGUGACCCCCGAUCUAAAAUGAGUUUGACACCCCUAGUCUAUACUUAACAAAAGGUUUAGGGAUGGGCCGAUCGAUCGAUAUCGGAUAUUGGAUAUGUUACCACCCUUACCGAUUAAUGACACUGUAUUUUUUUUGGUCCACUGGCUGAAAAGCGGCUAGCUGCUUUGUGUCUUCAUACACAGUGUGGCGCCGCCAAAUUAAUAAGUUAAAGUUAAAGUACCAAUGAUUGUCACACACACACUAGGUGUGGUGAAAUUUGUCCUCUGCAUUUGACCCAUCCCCUUGAUCACCCCCUGGGAGGUGAGGGGAGCAGUGGGCAGCAGCAACUCCGCGCCCGGAAAUCAUUUUUGGUGAUUCAACCCCCAAUUCCAACCCUUGAUGCUGAGUACCAAGCAGGGAGGUAAUGGGUCCCAUUUUUAUAGUCUUUGGUAUGACUCGGCCGGGGUUUGAACUCACAACCUACCGAUCUCAGGGCGGACACUCUAACCACUAGGCCACUGAGUAGGUGUAAUAAUAACUAUUACAACAAAUAAAUCAAAUUUUUUUGUGUCUUAAGUAUCUUAUAACCGGUUCUUGUUCAGAACCAGUUCCUUGGAAUCGUUUGCCAUUUUGUCAAGUGAUUCUCUUAAUGGUUCUACCGAGUGGGUAUGACGUCAUUAGGCAAAAUGGUGGUGCCCGAUUGGAACAAACAUUAACGUUUUACAAUAAGGUAUUGCAACAGUGCUACUUGUAAUAACUAUGAAGCUGCUAGUUCAUCAAGAGGAGGACAUGCGAGCAAUAUGCUGAAACAUUUGAACACACAGCAUGCAAUAAUUACAAAUGAAAGUCACGUUUUUGAACCGCUCUAAUCUAAUCCCAGCAUAGCAAGUCAUCUGAAUACAACAGGUACUAACUAUCAGGUUAGCGCUAUCAAUUGUUAAAUUGAAAUGAAUGCAGCCUCAUUUAGAUGAGAAUGACGAUAAACAGAUUGUGACUGGCUCUGAGACGGGCAGCUCCAGUUCAUGUCUGCCGCUAGACGAAUGUCACCGAGCAGAGACUAAGUUUGUGGUCAAAAGCUUGCAUCGAUUUGCUACAGUAGAUACUCCUAAUUUUCGGUAGGUGAAUGUUCAAUUGUAGUCAAAGAAAAGUUUGCAUGUUUUCCUCGCACCAGAUUUUCUCUCAGUCAUUGUAUUACACAGGUGAAACUAAAAAAAAUGAGUUUAGCAGUUUGCAUAUCCUCCGAGGGUGCGUAGCGUACCAUGUUUAGCUAUUCCCUGUCCUCCGAAGAUAAUACUACUUGUAAGAAACCUAGUUUGUUUGCCGCCAUGGAGGCAAGGAUUGCUAUCUUAGAAGUGGCUUUGCACUGAAAAGUAAAACCGCUUCUAAGUUAGAAACCUGAAAGUUUUAAGCCGAGGGAUGUUCGCCGCUAGCGAGAAUGCUCGUUUGCUUUAUGCUGUUAAAUUUGCGGGACCCAGCUAAAAUCAGUCAUCAACAGUGUUCGUCAUAACGGCGUUACUAAUGCCAUUACUUUUGCUAGUGACAAGUAGUCUAAUUACAUUUAUGUACGUUACGACCCUGUUACCGAUGCGUUUGAUGUACUUUUGAUGUAGUUUUAUGUCAACAUGACUUCAUCAGAAGCACAGAAAGUUCAAUGCAGGAAAUAUAUUUUUACUAAUUAAAGCAACAACCAGAACCACACUAAAACAAACUUGAUAUCAAAUAGAAGGCAGCAACAUCACACAGCAAACAACAUGUAAUACACGCACACAUACACACUACUACUACUACUACGAGGAAAUAAUGAACAACAAAUCAAAGAUUGAAUGACAAGCUUGCCAACCUACAAUACCCUGUUUGUGGACAACAAGAUUAGACAGCCAUCGAAGCACAUUCAAUGUAUUUUCAACCGGAGGUAACACAAACCAGUGAAAAGAUUUAACCGAGCUGCCGUAACUGCCAGCAAACUGCCGCUGCUAAGCCAACAAACACAGCUGAGCUAAAAUCCUGCUUGAGCGUGUUCCCACUGACGUCACACACACACACACUCUGCUCUCAUGAAACGUCUCUCAACUGCAUAUGCAAGAUAUAUGUGUAUAUAUAUACAUAUAAUUUUUUUAAGUAAUGCAUUAAUUACAUUUAUUAAAGACUAGUCCUUCAAUUACUUUUUGGAGACGUAUACUUUAAAUAAAUACUUUUUUAAAGUAAUUUUCCGAACACUGGUUAUCACCAUAUAACGAUAGUAUUAAAUGCUCCAUCGUCAGCCAGAUUGUAUCACGCAAUCCUAAAAUUCACAUUAAAUAUUUUACUGCGCUAUUUUACCGUUAAAACAGUGGUUCUUAACCUGGGUUCGAUCGAACCCUAGGGGUUCGGUGAGCAGGCCUCAGGGGUUCGGCGGAGCCUGCGCCGCGGAGGUUAUGACACACCCAACUCAUCGUGUAAAUAAAAACUUCUCCCUAUCGGCGUACUAUGAAUACCCCCAAACAAUGUUCCCUCUAAUUUUCCAUCUGAUUUGCAGAUGUGUAAUUUGGUGUGAGUUCAUGUGUUGGUUUUGUUCUUUGAACAAGGGGAUGUUCAUGCACGGUUCAUUUUGUGCACCAGUAAAAAAAACAUAUAACUUUGUCUUGAAUUAGAAUUUUUUAUUUAAUUUUUUUUCACUAAAGGUUUCGGUGAAUGCGUAUAUGAAAUGUUUGGGGUUCGGUACCUCAAAUAAGGUUAAGAACCACUGCGUUAAAACAUAUGAUUGUUAUCGAUUGAGCUCACUCAUGGAUGAUUUGGAUCAGAAUGGGCAGCAUAAAACCCUAAUUGGAACAUCCCUAAUAACGUCCCAUAUCCACCAUUUGUAUCCCUAAUUACUUAAUGUGAUCCUUACUAAUAAGCACAGUAACUACCGUAAAUGCUGUAAGUAUAGCAGGAGGGUUUAUUUACCAAAAACACAGAGAGAACCAGGCAAUAAUUGGAGAGAGGCUGCUAUUUCCCGACUGUGAAAAAUCAUUAUUGUAUACCAUUAUAUAUAUAUAUAUAUAUACGUACUUUUUAAGGUUGAAUAAUGCUCAGUAGUGCAUGAAGACGUGAAAGGAGAAAACACCAUUAACACAGUUGAUGAGUUCAAUGUAAACAAGAGCUGAGUGGUGAAACCCACAUUUACAAGAUAAUGCUGCUGGAUGCUGACCACUAAUGAUACUUUAAACGUAGCCACUGUACAGUAGGUGGCAAUAUGCAUCGGAACACCACUAAACACAGCUUCUAUGCCCCAGCUCAGCCAGAAAAUAAGAAGACAGUGCAAUAUUGCCAAAUAUAGUGAGUAUUUGAUGCCUCUAGAUCAGGAGUGUCCAAACUGUUUUCACUGAGGCACGCACACUGAAAAAUUAAAGCCAAAAUUUUGAAAAGGUUUCAUUUUCCAAACCAAUACAUUAUAUAGAUUUUUUUAAUAUAUAUCAUUAUUUACUUUUUUAUUAUUCAAUGUUACAUCUCUAAACUAACUUCAGGUCUUUCUGUCGAUAUAACGUAAAAAAUGUUUUAUGCCCUUUUUGCAAAGAAAACACUGUUUUAAUGGCAAAAACACAAAAUAUGCAAUAUUUCCCACCCCAAAAAAAAUAUAAGUGAAAUAUUUGAUGUAAUUUGAGCCAUAAAUAGUCUAAUUAUUUAAAACACCAUUCAUUUGAAUUCUUUAUUAUUUUUUGAGCAGUGACAGUUAAAAAAAAAUUGUGGCUCCAUAAGGGCCCCACUCAUAAAAGUGUUAAAAAUGUGUCAUACAAUUAAGUCUCUAAAACAAUUUCAGAUUCAUCCAUCGAUUAUAAGUUUUUAUUAUCUUUUAUGUUUUUAUUGUAUUAGUUUAUUUUAGGCAAGGCAAGGCAACUUUAUUUGUAUAGCACUUUUCAUACACAAGGCAGACUCAAAGUGCUUCACAGACAACAAAGUGAAAUAAAAGAAAAUAAAAGCAAAAUUAAAAUACAGACAAUAAAAAUAAAAACAGUGCAGACGUUAAAAGUUAAAAGAUUAAAAGAUUUAGCUGAAAACUAAGGUGAACAUAAAAGUUUUCAGUCUAGUUUUAAAAGUAGUCAGAGUUGGGGAAAGUCUGACAUCUUCAGGAAGUUUAUUCCAGCUAUGUGUUGCAUAGUGACUGAAUGAUGCUCUCCCUUGAUUUGAGUUUACUCUGGGAACCGCUAACAGAUUGGUCUCAGAAGAUCUUAGUGAUCUAGAGGGCUUAUAUAGUGGGAGCAUAUCAGUGAUAUACUUGGGCCCUAGACCAUGUAGUGAUUUAUAUGUGAGCAGGAGGAUUUUGAAAUCAAUUCUCUGAUGUACAGGGAGCCAAUGUAAGGAUUUAAGAAUUGGUGUAAUGUGCUCACAUUUUUUGGUCUUUGUUAGAACUCUAGCAGCAGCGUUCUGAACAAGCUGUAGCUGCCUGACAGUUUUUUUGGGAAGACCUGCAAGGAGACCAUUACAAUAGUCUAGCCUACUGGUAAUAAAGGCAUGUACAAGUUUUUCUAAGUCUUGAGCUGACAUGAGCCCUCUAAGUCUAGUUACAUUUUUGAGGUGAUAGUAGGCCGAUUUUGUUACUGAUUUGAUGUGACUGUCGAAAUGUAAAUCAGAAUCUAAAAUAACCCCAAGAUUUCUGGCUUUAUUUGAGGUUUUCAGGGACAGUGAUUGAAUGUGUUGGAUGACUUUAAACCUUUCUUUUUUGGCACCAAAAACAAUUAUCUCAGUUGUAUCUUCAUUUAGUUGUAGGAAAUGUUGGCACAUCCAGUGUUUGACUUGCUCAAUGCACUGGCACAGAAGAUCUAUGGGGCGAUAGUCAUUUGGUGAUAGCGCUACAUAGAUUUGGGUGUCAUCGGCAUAGCAAUGAUGGUCAAUGUUAUUAUUUUGCAUGAUUUGUCCUAGUGGGAGCAUAUAGAUGUUAAAUAAAGUCGGCCCCAAGAUUGAACCUUGGGGGACUCCACACAUUACGUUGGUUGGUUCUGAUACAAAGUCACCAAUGGAAACAAAAUAGUUCCUAUCUUGUAGAUAUGACUUGAACCAGCUUAAAACUGUGCCUGAGAUCCCCACCCAGUUUUCCAACCUGUCCAAAAGUAUUGAGUGGUCGACAGUGUCAAAUGCAGCACUGAGGUCCAAUAGCAUUUAUACUGAAGUUUUGCCAGUCUGUGUUUAGACGGAUGUCAUUUAUAACUUUAAGAAUGUUAUAAGAAGUGCUAUGAAGAGGUCGAAAUCCUGACUGGAAGUUGUUGUGGCAGCCAGUAGAAGCCAAGAAGUGAUUUAGUUGUUGGAGGACAACUUUCUCAAUUAUUUUACUUAUGAAUGGUAGAUUUGAAAUUGGUCUGUAGUUGUUGAUAACAGAGGCAUCUAGGCUCCGCUUUUUUAGAAGAGGUUUAAUGACUGCAGUUUUGAAAGCCUUUGGGAAAUUGCCCGAUUGAAUAGAAUUAUUAACUAUUUGCAAUACGUCUGUUGAUAGGCAGUCAAAAACAUUCUUAAAGAAGUUGGUAGGUAAAACAUCAAGGCAGCAGGUGGAUGACUUUAGAGCUGUCACCGUUUCCACUAGAGUUUUAGAGUCUAUGGCAUAAAGCUUGCCAUCGUUGUUGUGUUACUUUUGCCUAAAUGGGGUGGUGAUCCAAUUUUUUGACUUGAGAUAUUGAUGGCUCAUCUGAUGCCUUCAAUUUUAUCAGUAUAAAAGAAUGCAAACUCAUUGCAUUUCUGUGUGGAAUGGAGUUCGGCUGGUAUUUGUGUUGUGGGGUUGGUCAGUCUGUCAACGGUUGCGAAUAGGGUUUUGGCCUUAUUAGUGUUGCUGUUUAUGAUAUUGGAGAAGAAUGUUUCUCUAGCACUUUUUAAGACUAAAUUGUAGGCCUGGAGGCUCUCUUUAUAGAUGUCAUGGUGAAUAGGAAGUUUUGUGUUCCGCCAGAUUCGUUCAGCCUUCCUGCAUUUUAUGAGGUUUUGUCACAGAAAAUUGUUUUUAUAUGGAAAACAAACUAAAUAUGCAAAACUGUAUUUAUUCCAAAAAUGGUUUCAAAGUGGAAUAUUUGAUCUGUAGUAAUUUAUAAAAACAAUCAUUUUGGUCCAUUAUUAUUUUUCGAGCAAUGACAGCUUUAAAAAAACAAAAACACAGCCUACAUGGCAGUUUUGUGUAAUUAGAGUCAACUUUGCAAAUUGUUCUCGUUAUAUUUAACCUGUUUGCUCUUUUAUCCCACUUUUUUAUGUUUUAUUUUAUUGAAUUUCUUUUAAUAGUAUUUUUAGAAUGUGCCGAGGGCCGCACUUUGGACACCCCUGCUCUAGAUUCUCUUUUAUUUUUUAAAAAGCAAAAAAUCUAGUACAUUUUUCUGGUGUUACUGGGAACUUUUGGAGAAAAGCACAUAGUCUAACGCCAGCCAAAGAUGGCAAAAUAAUAUCUAAACGGCGGGCAUUUAUCCCUGAAAAUGUAAAGAAGCUGCUGAUGGUGUGUUUGACAGAAACACAGCUGUAAGGAUAUACUGUAGACUUCUGCCUCCUUGUUGUGUCACCCCUCAGAGUUAUCUUUAAUCCCCAGAGUGAGAAAAGUUUGCACAUUUUAAAAAGAGUUGUAUAAUUUCCCACUGUCUGUGAGGCCGUGAAUGUACACAGGUCAAGUUCUGAGCCGCGAGAAAGGCAAAUGAAAGAGACUGGAAGCCUGUGUGGUCACAGGUCACUUGCCAAAAAAGGAACAAUUUAUAAGGAAAAGGAGAGUUUAAUUUUAUCUGGACAGAUUGUUUUUCCUGUCAAAUAAAAAAAAUAAAAAAGUUUUUAAGCUGUGUUACAUUUUGCAGCUCUAUACUUUUUCUGAAGUGGAAGGGGCAGCAAAUAUCUCUUUUAUGGUAAAGGUUUCAGACACCUGCCAUAGACUUUUCAAAGUAGCUGCUGUAUAUUAUUAUUACAUUACUUCAUACAAUUACUGUAUUUGUGAAUACUACAUUCUAUUGUAAUGUUUUUAGUACAAUAUUUCUUACCUAAAAUAUUGUUUUUUCUCUUUCAAAACGCAUGUUACGUGUUAAAAUGGUGCUGUUUUGGGGAGCUGAGCAGAAUAAUUUCAAUGGGAGACGUUGAUUUGAGAUACAAGUGUUUUGAGUUGAGAACUCUCUCCCAGAACCAAUUAAUCUGGCAAGUUGAGGUACUACUGUAUUUGUUUUGCUUUUCUUGUUUUUUUGCUGGGAUUAUGUGAAUAGUGAAGAGUGUGUUCUACAAAACCCAAAACCAGUGAAGUUGGCACGUUGUGUAAAUUGUAAAUAGCCGGUGGCGUUUCUGGGUGUUGUUGAUAAAUGGCUUUCGCUUUGCAUGGUAGAGUUUUAACUUGCACUUACAGAUGUAGCGACAAACUGUAGUUACUGACAGUGGUUUUCUGAAGUGUUCCUGAGCUCAUGUGGGGAUAUCCUUUACACACUGAGGUCGGUUUUUGAUGUAGUACCGCCUGAGCGAACGAAGGUCACGAGCAUUGCCGCUUACGUGCAGUGAUUUCUCCAGAAUCUCUGAACCUUUUGAUGAUAUUACAGACCGUAGAUGGUGAAAUCCCUAAAUUCCUUGCAAUAGCUCUUUGAGAAAUGUUGUUCUUAAACUGUUCGACAAUUUUCUCAUGCAUUUGUUCACAAAGUGGUGACCCUUGCCCCAUCCUUGUUUGUGAAUGACUGAGCAUUUCAUGGAAGCUGCUUUUAAACCCAAUCAUGGCACCCACCUGUUACCAGUUAGCCUGCUCACCUAUGGGAUGUUCCAAAUAAGUGUUUGAUGAGCAUUCCUCAACUUUCUCAGUCUUUUUUGCCACUUGUGCCAGCUUUUUUGACACAUGCUGCAGGCAUCAAAUUCCAAAUGAGCUAACAUUUGCAAAAAAUAACAAAGUUUACCAGUUCCAACAUUAAGUAUCUUGUCUUUGCAGUGUAUUCAAUUGAAUAUAAAGGGAUUUGCAAAUCAUUGUAUUCUGUUGUUAUUUAUGAUUUAUAAAUUCUGCCAACUUCACUGGUUUUGGGUUUUGUAUUUAGAAGGUAUUAAACAUGUGAACU